CGUGAGUUUGUUGCGGUGGUAUCGGCUCGUUGCUUGAUUGUUCUUCACUCACUCACACUGGAUUAGAGAUCAUUUUACCGAGUUUUGUCGGCGGGGAGGAGUCGCGUGGCGUCCACUAACCCACACACGGGCAUUUCGACUUCACAAACACCUUCCCCGGUCAUUUGGGACUAAUAAGGACAAAAGGACGGAGGAGUUCCACCGUGGGAAUGACGGAGCCGCAGACAAACGCUUGGCACUAAUCUCGGCCAAUGACUGAUAUCAAGCAAGGGAGAUACAUCAUAUAACUGGCUGACGCUGAAAGGACUGAGGCUUGGAUCUCGGAAGAAUUCCGCUCUGAAUGCUUGCAUAUCUCAGGGUUUAUUGUGUGUAUGCGUGUAGUUUUAAUGUAUCCAAACAAUAGGCAGUUUGGAGAGGGGAAGUAGGAGCUUGUAAUACACGCUUCCCUUGUGUUUGCCAGUCAGCCGGCAGGCAUAGGAAAGCUGAAGUCCUGUUUUAUACAGCUGCACACUUCUGAAGCGUUUAAAUAACUAGCUUUUAACCGAUACGUGUUGAUGUAUUAAUCCCCUCGUUUUACUUAAAAAUCAGAUUUUGGGCUUUCGGUGUCUCUCCAGGGAUUGCAGACGCUUUAAACAACUAGUCGCUUUUAGCUCCACAUCACCAUGGAUGAAAGACGAUAGAUGCGCAUUUUCUACUGACUUCAUAAUCUAAUGACAUUGUUUAAGCGCUGACAGAAGUUUUAAACUUCCUGCUUUAGUUUCUCUCGGCUCGAAGUGUUAUUGUCAUAAAGAUUAUGGCAGCCGUUGUGAAUUACUCUCCUCCGUGGUGGGUUAACCUUCUCCACAGAUUGCCUCACUUUAAUCUGCAAUUUGAACAAACCAGCAGUGAUUUUCGCCCAGAGGACUCUUCAUACCAGCAGUCUAUCCUGCUGCUGGGUAGUGUAGCUCUGGCAUGCUUGGCCUUGGACCUCCUCUUCCUCCUCAUCUACUCCUGCUGGCUGUGUUGCCGCCGUAAGAAGAGUGACGAGCAGCCAAACGCGGACUGCUGCUGCACCGCCUGGUGCGUCAUCAUCGCCACCCUCGUCUGCAGCGCUGGCAUUGCUGUUGGUUUCUACGGGAAUGGAGAGACCUGUGACGGCGUGAAUCGGCUUACCUACUCCCUCCGGCAUGCCAACCGUACCCUGUCAGGAGUGCACAGACUGGUGUCAGAAAGUACAUCAGCUCAGAGCCAGACUGUGGAUGAGAACCUUCAGAUUCUAAAGGAACAGUAUGCAAAGCACACAGACUACCUGUCUAUCGUACAGAAACUCCAGGAUCAGCGGAGCGAACUCGUUCGUCAGAUGGCUGACAUUCCCUUUUGGAGCAAUCUCAGCAUCUCCCUGGAGGAUCUGGCAACCCAGAUUGAACUGUAUGACUGGUACAGGUGGCUGGGCUACCUGGGUCUACUGCUGUUUGAUGUGCUCAUUUGCCUGUUGGUGCUCUUCGGCCUCAUCCGCAACUCCAAAGGAACUCUGAUUGGGGUGUGUUUUCUGGGUGUGUUGGCGCUGGUAAUCAGCUGGGGUUCGCUGGGUCUGGAACUGACUGUCUCCUCGGGCUUCAGUGACUUCUGUGCGGCUCCUGACAUGUACAUUACCAAGGUGUCAGAGCAGUACAUGUUUAUCAACAAAGACAUCCUGGAGUAUUACCUCACAUGUAACGUGGGUCAGGUCAACCCCUUCCAACAGAAGCUGUCAGGAAGUCACAAAGCACUGGUGGAAAUGCAGGACGAUGUGUCAGAACUACUGCGCUCUGCAGUACGGGAUUACCCCAAAACAAAGGGAAACCUUGAGCAAAUUCAGGGGGGUUUGAACACCACUGAAGUUGGACUGCACCAGCUCACUGCUCUUGUGGACUGCCGCAGUUUGCACAUGGAUUAUGUGCAGGCAUUGACCGGAGUGUGUUAUGAUGGUCUGGAGGGUCUGAUCUACCUGGUGCUGUUCUCGUUCAUCACAGCUCUCAUGUUCACCUCAGUCAUCUGCAGUGUCCCACACACAUGGCAUGGCAAAAGGCCUGAUGAGGACAGUGAGGAGGAGUCCAUGGCUCAUGGAGGCAGACAGAAUCAUGAUAACCUGUACCGGGUGCACAUGCCCAGCCUCUACAGUUGCGGCAGCAGCUACGGCAGUGAGACCAGCAUCCCAGCAGGAGCACACACUGUCAGCAAUGCUCCUGUUACUGAGUACAUGACCCAGAAUGCAAACUUCCAGAACCCUCGCUGUGAGAACACUCCUCUGAUCGGGAGAGAAUCUCCUCCUCCAUCUUACACAUCCAGCAUGAGGGCCAAGUACCUGGCCAACACCCGACCCGACCCCAACAGCAGCACCUCAGCAAACUAAAGGAACACAGUCUUCUUUCCCUUCAGUCUAAAGCUCCCACUCCCCCACAUGUUGUUCCCACAGCCCAGAGCAGUUUCACCCCAGGCCCACCCAUCCAGCCAUGUUGAUCUUUGAUGAGUGCUCUCCAACCCAGCUGAUAAAGGACGUCCUUGCAUCAUGUAAAUACUGCUUUUAGAGGAAUGUUCCAGAGGCCUCUUGUGCUGUUUCCAGAUGGCCGGUUCAGUUCAGGCAGCUAGUAGGGUUACUCUCAGCCCUGAGUGCUUGUGCUUGAGCGUCAGUAAUGAGUAUGAACUUCAUUACCUACAGAUACAUUGUGUGACGUGUGCGUGUGUGUGUGUGUUGAUCCAUGCUGCCCUUGCUUAUUGUGGUGCUCUUGCCAGAGGUUCAGAAAGGUCCAGAACUGAAGAACUGGAUGGGGUUUAAUGCCCGUAACUCUACAUUCCUGCGUGGCAUCUGUCCUCUGGUCAUUUGAAGUAAUGUGACCUUCUCCAUUUGCAGGACCUACUGCCACAUCCCGACUCGACAGUUUACAUCAGUGGCAACUACUGUAAUAUAACUGAACCGAUCUAAUCUAAACAGUGUGAGAGCAAUGAGAAUUUUCCCAGAAUUCAGUCAUUCGGGUUACACUUGUUUAGGCUUACAUAGCAGUUUUUAAAUUAACAAUAGCUGUUCUAAUGAAAUGAUGUGAGAAAGAAGUCCAGAAACAUGCUCUACUCUAGUAAACAAAUGCAGAUGCCAAAAAUGUAUCUACUCAUUGUACGUGCUUUGGCAAUAACCUCUGCACUCAAGGGGGCGAUACAGAGCCAGAUGUUUUAGGUAGAUUUAUUCACUGCAUUACUAAUAUAGUCCACUUAAAUGAGUGAAAGGAGUAAGUGAAAUUUACUUUGCUCACUAUAGUUUCAGACACCACAUAGUGCACUACAAAGCUGGAACCAUGGCACCUCCAUCAAGAGAGGCAGUUAAAUUCUAGGGAGGGUCCAAAUCACAUUAAGUGGGAAGGUGCGAAGGUUGUUUCGGAUGGGAAGUGCUCAAUCCAUUAUUGCGUAUAGUUUCGGACACUGCAAAGCGUGCAAUUGCUUUCGUAUAUGUGCUGUUUUUUUCGGUUUCACUUUCGCUUUUGAAAUUGAUCAUGUUCAGCAAGAGGGAAGAGGAGGCACAGUAAAGGUCCUUGCACACUGAGUCUGAAAUUCUCAUCUGAAAUUUUCACACAAUAUAAAAUGAAUACAACCUCACACUGUGUCAACUACUUUUACACACUGCCUCCGAAUCUUUUGUCUGUCGUUAAAAAAAAUGGAUCUUGCUAAAUUUUCAAUUUUCAAAAAAUACAUACGAAAAUUUUAGACUCACUGUGCAAGGACCUUAACUCAUUUGGGUAGACGAGGCCCACAAAUGCCCCUUCUACUGAUGCUCCAGACCGUGCAGUCACUUUUUGUAUGUGCGCAGUUAUUGAUCAUGUUCAGCAAGGAGGGGAGCCUAAGACCGAAAUUCUUGUCCGAACAUUUCACUUGUUAAACAAAUACGACCUCACGUUGUAUCAAUCACAUUUACACACUACCUCUGAAACUUUCUUCCGUCAUAAAAAAAAAAAAAAUCAGAUUCAGUUUGUGUUCAAUUUUUUUUUUUUUUUGCAUCCGAAAAAAAACGCAAACGAAAAUUUCAGACUCUGUGCAAGGAUCUGUGUGCAAGGAUCUGAACUUAUUUGGGGGGGACAAAGCCCGCAAUUGCCACCCCUUGGUGCCAGCCCUCGUGCACCAAGUUUCUCUUCAAAAAGUUGCAGACACUGCAAAGUGUGCAGUCACUUUCGUAUGCACACUGUUUUUAUUGUUUUUUUUUUGUUUGUUUUUUUUUCAGUUUCACUUCCGCUUUCAAAAUUAUUCAUGUUCAGCAAGAAGGGGAGGCACAGUAAAGGUCCUUGAACACCGAGUCCAAAAUUCUCAUCCGAACUUUUCGCACAUUAAAAAAUAAAUACGACCUCACAUUGUGUCAAUCACAUUUACACACUGCCUCUGAAACUUUUGUCCAUCAUGAAAAAAAUGUAAUCGUGUUCUAUUUUCUGCUUCCUGAAAAACACAGGAAGUGUGCAAUUGCUUUUGUUCGGCUUUUUUCUUUUUUCAGUUUCACUUUCGCUUUCAAAUUUGAUCACAUUCAGCAAGGAGAGGAAGUGGAGUCAAGAGUAAAGGUCCCUGCACACUGAUUCCGAAAUUUUCGCACAUUAAAAAAAUUUGGCGCUGGACCUGGUGCUCGUGACUGUAAUAGACCUUAAAGUAAAAAAACUGAUUGUAGAAGACUAUGGAGAUGCUUGAUGUGUUAUGGAUUUCAUUGUAAUGCAUGAAAUCAAGCUCAAGUUAGCUUAGCCAACUUUUGCAUUCUUGUACUUGUGUAUAGUAUGUUUCUUGGACUAAAUCAGCAGCAUACGCUGGUUGUUAGGAGAAGAUUGCUUUGGAUUUUUUUCAUCUCAUUUGCAGGCUUGAGUUUUCCGUGGGAAAUUAUGGUUUGUAGAUGUUGUUUACCUUUUGAUAACCUUGUUGGGUUCUUCUCAAGACACAUGGACUGAAUUAAACCAACUACUCAUUUAUCUGGGCUGCAUCCACUGCCAUUACUGGAAAACCUGGAUAACCAGAGCUGGACAAACCAGCAUAACAAAGAGGAAGUUGAGGAAACCUCAUCAGAUUGUUGACCAAACCCUGAUGACCUGGAUUUUGACCUUACGCUGAUGAUCUGGGCCACCUCAAACUGCUUUUACAUCCAAGUAUUUUCAAUCUGAAUUCAACAAAAGUCUCUGAACAUUAUCUUUGUCCUAAUACUGUACAAACACAGAGACACUGGGACCAGCUUGGACAAUUUGUCAUGGCUUAUCUGCUCUAGGAAAGAAGCUGGGAGGAGUUAAUUGUAGUUUACACAAUGUAAGCAUUUGAACCUUAAUUUUGCUGAUCAGUUUAGUCCUCAGGGAAGGGGACGCCAAUAUGGCAGGAAGUAAAGUCAUCAGUGGCCUGUCUUUUUUUUUUUUUUUUUUUUUCUUCAAAGAAAUGUAAGAGAGUACGCAAGC